AUGGUUGGUAGCAUUGAUCCUCUUGGACUCCGGUCGGGUUGUUUACGGGUUGAGAACGUGACCUGGUGCAAGCCCACUCAGUCUGCGUGGCUCAGAGAAGUCCACAACACUCGUUAUUUUGGAAACAAAGUCCGCCUUCCCUUGAAACGACGCGUCGUUUCGUAUUGUGCUUAG